GUGCAUUGAAUUACCCUCUAUGUAUUUGGUUCGUGGUGUGUAUAUAGAUAGGAGCAUCAAUAUAUAAACUGAAGUCAGGAACUUUAAAUUACUGAUUGAGAAAAAAGGGAAAACAGAUUUGCGGGAAGAGAGAGAGAGAGAGAGAGAGAGAGAGAAUUAGGGUUUAGGGGAGAAGAGAUAGAGAGAGAUGAAGCAAGUGGUGGGGAUGGUGGUAUCGAACAAGAUGCAGAAGUCGGUGGUGGUGGCGGUGGAUAGGCUCUUCUACCACAAACUCUACAACCGUUACAUCAAGCGCACCUCCAAGUUCAUGGCUCACGACGAGCAUAGCCAGUGCAACAUCGGCGAUCGAGUGAGAUUGGAUCCAUCGAGGCCGCUGAGUAAACGCAAGCAUUGGAUUGUUGCUGAAAUUCUGAAGAAAGCACGCAUUUAUGUACCGCCAUCACCAUCCGCUGCUGAAUCCACCGGCACACCUCAAGUAUCAGCUUCUUCUUCUUCUUCUUCUUAAGGUGGUGCUUAUGCAUGGCCAGAAAGCUGAGAAGACACUGAUUCUAGAUAGGAACAGGUCCUAGGAAUUGCUUUGCAACAUUUUGAACAAAGGUCUGAUUGAUGUAAAUUCAAGAGAGCAACUAGUAUUUCUUUUGCAUGUUUGGCUUUGUAUGGGAAAGGAUCCUUUUAUGGACUAAAGGCUGAUUAGUUCAAAGAAUUAUUCAUACCCCCAAUAUGCAUUAAAUUUUUCUUUUGUUGUC